CUAUACAUAGGAUAAUAGGAGACAUGAAAAUAGUGUAGGGUCCCUUUUAUAGCCAGGCUGCUGAAAAUUCAGACACUUCCGUUGAUAUUGACGUUCAAAUUCUCUACUCUGUGGCCAAUUCUAAUAUAGAUAAGAAAACACAACCUUCAUUGUAUCUGUAGAUGAAAGCUUUUGAGACACUGUGGAGCAAAGGGAAGAAGCAUCUUUAGAGGCAUGUACCUCAGUUCCACCUGGUCCUUGGAUCUCUCUUCACUGCGCAUUUUUUUCUACUUACCAAUACCCAAAUACUCUUAUUUGGAUUUGUAAUGUUUGAAACAUAAAUCACUAUGUAUAUUUCAGUAUAAUUUUCCUCUUCAGUGUGUAGUAGUUACAGAUGAUCCAUUUGCCAUGUACAAAUGCGGGUAGAAACUAAAGUUCAUGUAUAUUAUAUUUGUGUUUUAUACUUGUUCUCACUUCUAAUUCUCAAACUUUGGAUGCUUUGUUUUGUUGCAGAAAAUGCUGAAGACUAUAGGAGUACAGUAAUAGCCUACGUGGGACUUGACACUUGACAAUUUCGAGGCAGCUUUGUCCUCUCCUAACCAAUUUUGAUUUUUGUGUUUUACCACGUGUCAAUUUAUCUAAUGUGCAAACUACCAAAAUCAAAUGGUAUAUAAAUGCAGGAUUUUAUGAUCGAAUUCACAAAAAAAACUAGUGAUUUAUUACACAAAGAACACACAAAUUUCCAUAAUCUAAUCAAAUAAGAAGAUGCAUGAUUGAUAACAAGCUAAAUUCAAGAAAUAUAAACAAAAGUAAUCUCAAAUUCAAUCAAGAAAUAAGUGAAAGAACUAAACUUUCAAUCAAAUGCUAUGGAUGGAACCAUGAGCAAGAUAAUUGAUAGAAGGUAAUCAAAAUUCAAUCUAGGAUGUUCAAACAAAACAAUCAACUAGUCUAUAGGUAUAGAUCUCAUUCAAAUAGAUGAAUCCACUUCUGUGACAAUAAUCCACAUGCUAAUCAUGCAUUAAAAUAUCAACUUCUGUUGGCCUAACACAUUCAAGCAUGCAUAAAUCACAAGUCUACUAACCAUUUAACAUCUCUAACAUUAAUUAAUUUCCAUUGGCUUGAUAUGUAAAAGACAAUAUUAUGUUGGUUCAAGCAUUUCAUCGAAUGCCUUCGGGACAUUAAAUUACUUAAGCUCUAAAUCAACUUGAUCAAAGCUAAUCUAGCAUUAAGAAAACCUAACAAGUAUGAAACAAUGUUAAUCAAGCUAUGAACAACCCAAAUAUCCACCUAAUCACCCUAAUCCAACUAACUCAUGAAUCACAAAGUGUCUACUCACUAAUCUCCAUGAGAAAUCGUAUAUUAAACUCAUAUGAGAUUCAAAGCUAAUCAUGUUAAUUGGGAAGAGAAAGACAAAUAUAAGAUGAAUCAUUUCCUUAAAUGAUCAAAAUGUUCAAGCUUUUGCAAGAUUAGACAAAAUCGUGAGAGAAAAUAAGAUGGUUAAGGUUUUUGCCUUAUAAAGUACUUUAUUUAUAGGCUCUCUAAAACAAGUUGGACCAGCCCAAAUAUCUUGGGUCAAACUAAAUAAAAAAUCAUUUUUUUAGUCGGUAGAGACCUCGCGGAAUCGCUACGAAAAGCUGCUGUGAAUGUCCUAUCUCUAGCAGCUUUGCCAAACCGCUACCAAAACCCGCUACAGACUUCAUUACGUUCAUAGCGACUUCAUCAUCCCGUUGUGAAAAGUCGUUUCUUGCCUUGUACCAAAACUCCACAAACAAUGCCUUCAUCUUCAGUAGCGGCUUUGUUAAGCCACUACCAAAUCCCGGUACGUACACCGUUGAGAUCACAUCGACUACUUCAUCCCAUUAUGUAACCCCGCUAAAGACUUCGUUAUGUUCGUAGCUGCAUCCCUUGCCCGCUACGAAAAGCCGCUACAUGACUUGUAAGUUUUCUUGGACUGUCCUCUAUGUAGCGAUUUCUUUGGGCUGCUGUGACGCCAUGCUGCCAACUUCGUUGUAAUCAUGGCAGGUGGAUAAUCUCUCUGCCAAAAGCUUCUACACACAUGAACUUGAGCUUCACUUUGUCAAGUACUCAUUUCAACCUCUUUAACCUCCAAUGUGUUCCAAACACUUCCAAAACCUUCAAUUGGCAAUUCCAGCACCUAAUAGACAGGCUCGGCUCUGGUCAUGUGCUGGAAGUGCAUUUGCACAGGGUCCAUUUCAUUUUUUGGCUUUUAUAAGCUUAGAGUAGAGUCUAUGUAAAAAAAAAAAUUGUAUGAAAAAUGGGUCUCAAAGUUUUUAUAGUACAUGCCCCAUUUUAUGUUAGAGACUCAUGCAUGACAAUGCAACCUAAAUGUGUCUAAAUGCCACUUUAAAUUAUAAAUAUAUACAUUAAAUGAUAAUUAAAAUCAUGUAAAUCUAAAAGAUAUCAACAAACACAGAAGAUGGAACAAGAACCAGAACUGAAAUGAAUCUCUUCAGCUACCACACAACCUGAAGAAGCUGCACAAAAUGACACAUAAAAUAAAGCUAACUAUCAUAAGCAGAUAAAACUGUGAAUAUAGUAGAAUACCUGACAAAAGUCACUCUUUGUUUAGUACUUUAGGUACUUCUAAAUACAACUCAUCAAAGCUUGGUAUUGAAGCUCUUAUGCUAUCACUGUAUAAGGAACAUCAAAACAUUUGUAGAUGACUUCCGUCUUAAAAUCAUAAUCAAUUCUACUAUAUUCUAGAUGGAGAAAAACUGCAUGAAGAUCAAACCUGUUCUCAAAUGUUUCUGGAGCAUCCUCACGCAAGUUUCCGCCGUCCAUCUCUACAAGUUUUUUUUUUGAAAGAUCGGUAAGGAUCAAGACAAUGUAAUGAUGAGGUAUAUUUCCACUUGCCAAACGAAUCAGGAUUGAUAAGUAGACCUCUUACUAAAGUAAAAACCAAUAUGCCUCGAUCCUAAGAUUUUACCAAGAGAAUGUGCUUAGACCACAAAGACUCAAGGCCCUAAUCUCCAAUCAACUUUGUUUAUAAAGAUCUGUCCACAUGCGUCUUCUCGAAUUAGCAUCAAACUCAUUAUUCACGAGAUGGAUGCAACAGAUCUUACUUACAAGUUAGCUAUAAUACACUCUUUAUUCCCCAAAGUUUCUAUCUUUCAUGAAUGUUUCAUAUGAUGAUAUGAGCAAAACAUUACGACCACAAAAAUAAAACAGCAGAAAAAUACAAACAUACAAAAUACCAAAACAAAGAAGAAAGUUGUGUACUUCCUCAGCUUCUAAUAAGUUUAUAUCAGUGUACUUUUAGUGUAGCUUCUAAUUAGUUUUCAUAUUUUGAUGUUUAGGUUGACAUAUAAUUACUAGACCCUUACAUGUUCAUAUUGAUGGACAGCCUGAUCGUUUGAUGUGUUAUUUGGGGAGUUGGGACCAUACAAUCUCUAGCAAUCCAUUCACAAUCCUGACGAACAGAUUUUAGGUUGCGACUUUAUAUAGGAUAACGUAAAAAUUACCAAAACAUAAAAUAAAAGAACGUUGCCAUGCAUGCGGCCUUAGGAAUUAGGAUGACGAUGCCAACAUGCAUGACAUUGGUUCUCACACGAUAUCUCUGUAGAAGAACCAUUGUUCUACAGCCAUUGUAUAUUUUUAAUAGUACGAGAAAAUGAUUUUUUAAUGUUUGACUUAAUUAAAUUGGGAAUCUAACUAAUCAAAAGAUUGGAAUCCUACAAGAUUACACAUCAUGUGUCUCUCUAAUUGAGUAGCGGGGUAGUCUAUGAAAAUAAAAUAACGCCGACUUGUUUAUUUUGUUGACAUUACAUCUCACAAACGGGUGCAAUCCACCGGGCCAGAAGAAUCUAGUCUACUUAUUAUAUUUUGGAGGCAAUUUGGCACCAACGGUUAAUAUAAACCGGCAUUAACCUAAGCGGUGAUAUACCGUCUUAGCCAUAAUAUAUGUAUUCACCAAGCUGGUAUAUAUGUUCAUACAUAGAUACUAUAGUUAUGAAAAGGAGACCAACUAGUUCAUUAGUCAUUACUAUAUAUAAAAAUAAAUUAUACAGUUGUUGAAUAAAAAGGAUAUGAGAGUUGACGAAGUUAUAUCGUUUGAUAUGUCCAAAAGGCCAGGAGAGACCGUCCUAAUUAGAAAUUUAGAACUUACAAAGUACACUUCAUUCUGUUUUACAAAUUCAAAAAUUACAAAUAUCAUUUUAAUUCACUUAAACUUUGUAUAUGUAUACUAUUGUAAUACAACAGUGAAGAACAGGAAUUUAUUAAUAUUGUUAGCAAUCUUUCUUUGUUCGCAUAUUGAGAUGCAUGACGUUUAGUCGUUUAACUUGCUGGCAAUGACAAAGAACAGGAAUCACAUCGGUAAAUUUCAUUGAUAACUUGAAACUCCUAUUAAUAUUCUCGAAUAAACCAAUUAGUAGUUUAACCAAGAUACUAAUCACACGUAACGCCACAGCACCGUGUGUCCUUUCAGUAGAAUAUUGGGAUGGUCCAAGUUGAUAUUUUUAACUAAAUAAGUUAACACAUUUUCUUGUUUAGUUAAUAACGUUACGUAUCGUAAUUUACUCUGUCCAUAAUUUUGAGUAUGAGUGUAAUCUCUUUUUGCCCACAUGGUCGGCUCAUUUUAGCUAUUUGAUUCUAAUUGACGGCAGUUAUUUAUAAAUCGUCUAUAGAAACUACUAGUCACUUUGGUAUUGAUAACUAUGUUUUUUUGGUUAAAAAAAACUAUUUUGGGUAAACUUUUAAUAGUGACUAUACCUCUACCGCAAGCGGUGUUCCAAAUAAAAAAAAGUCUUUUACAAUUUUUUUGGAAAGUUAUAGUACUACCACGUUGACAGAAAAUCGAAUAUGUGACCUCUGUCAGUCGUCUGUGAGAAUGGAGACCAUUGAGAUCCAUGGCUUUCUCAAAUUGAUAACUAUGUUUGUAUUUAUAUAUACACAUAUAUAGUAUAGAAGGUGUGAUCAAAAAUAAAACGUGAAAAUAACAUGAAUGAAAAAUACAUUUUUACGUUACUUCAUGUUUAUAUAUGAAAAUAUUGUAUAUUGACAUGUUAAAUGUUAUGCAACCUCUGAAAUAACGAAGUAUGAUUCUAUAAAUACUUAACUAGUUUUAGAUAUUAAUCAAAUAUAUCUGAUUGUUGUUAAGUUUUACCCAAAAAUGCCAUCAAUAAAAAAAUAAAGCUCGACCCCGUCAGAAUUGAAUCCUUCAUCCUAAAUGCUAAAGAUACAAGUCAUCGAGAUAAAUAUAUAAUCCAUAUAAUAUAAUCAAUAACUAUAUAUUUAUAUACUGCCGAUUAAGAAUCACAAAAGGCUAUAUAAAUGGGUAUAUGCAUACGCAAAAUCGUGUAUCAAACUCUUUCAUUUGUUUGAUCUCCUCUCAUUUCACACAUAUACAGAAUCUACAAAAUGGGAUUUUGUUUCUGUUUAUCCUCAGGAGGAUCAACAGAUCGAAACCAGAUUUAUGAGAUAAAAGAUUAUGGACAAGAAAAUGCAGUUUUACACUCUGAACAACACGAUGUUCAUCAAGGCUUUGGCUCUGUCUCUUCUUUAGCUGGAGGAAAGGGCUACAAUCAAGAUGCUGCCGUUCUCCACCUGGGAUAUGGAACAGAAGAAGGAGCAUUGUGUGGAGUGUUUGAUGGUCAUGGUGAGAAGGGUGAAUUGGUGAGCAAGAUAGUAAGAAACCAAUUGCCAUCUUUAUUGUUAGGUCAUAUGAAUAACCAUUCAGGGACUCGAGACUGGAAACUCAUUUGUGAAACUACGUUUUUGUUGAUGGACAAAAGAAUUCUUAAACUCAAAAAUACCCUUGAUUGCUCUUCCUCCGGAACUACUGCUGUUCUCGCCGUUACACACGGAAAUCAAGUGAUGGUGGCAAAUCUAGGAGAUUCAAGGGCUGUGAUGAUUGGAGCAAGUGAGAAUGGAGAAAUCAAGGUGGUUCAAUUAACCACAGACCUGAAGCCAAGUGUCCCUAGCGAAGCCGAGAGAAUAAAAAAACGCAACGGAAGGGUCUUGGCAUUAGAGUCAGAGCCACAUAUUCAAAGAGUAUGGCUUCCACAUGAAAACCGGCCCGGUCUAGCCAUGUCUAGGGCUUUGGGUGAUUUCGCUCUUAAAAGCUAUGGUGUCAUUGCGACUCCUCAAGUCUCUACGCAUCAAAUCACUUCUCGCGACCAGUUUUUGCUCCUUGCUUCCGAUGGGGUGUGGGAUGUACUUAGUAACGAAGAAGUGGCUGUGGUGGUGAUGAAGUCAGAGAAUGAGGCAGGAGCGGCCAACGCCGUGACAGAGGCGGCGGCUAAUGCAUGGAGAGAGAAAUAUCCGACGGUUAAGGUUGAUGAUAUCUCUGUCGUAUGUCUCUUUCUCAACAAGAGGCUACAUCCUCAGCCACGUAUGUAAUCAAACAAACCAGCUAGCGAAAAACAAACAAAUAACGACUAAUUAAAGAGGGAUGCCACGAUUGCAUACUUAGACUUCUGUGUUUUGCCUGUUAGUGUGAAUGUAUGUGUGUAUAUAUAUAAUAUUUGUAUGUUAAGUCGUGUGAUUAUUCAUUAGAAAAUAAAUGAAAGAAGAUGUUAGAAAUGGUGUGUGUCGUGGGAUAAACGUAACGAGGACUUUGACAUUUUGGACAGACGUCAUAGGAAUCUACGUAUUUGGAGCUUACCGGAAUAAUUCAAAUGUGCUUCAGUGCUUCCAGACUCUUAUGUCACUGCUGUAUAAAUUAAUGAUAACAUUUAACGAAGAUAUUUUUGUAGCAGAAACAGCU